AUGGCGCGUACGAAGGCGAGCUGCUGGAUGGCAAACCGCACGGCCGCGGCAGGCGCCAAAGGCCGCGGGGCUGCCACCUCUGCUCUUGUCGCUGGCAGGCAGUGCGGCAGAGGGAAGGCGGUCUAUGCCGAGGGCGACGUGUACGAUGGCGAGUGGGAGGACGACGACUGGCAUGGCGAGGGCAAGUACUCAGAGUCGUCCGGGGCGACCUACGUUGGGCAGUGGGAGCAUGGCUCCGGAUUCGCCAAGUGGUCAGACGGCGACUCCUUCCGCGGCGAGUACCAACACGGCAAGCCGCACGGGCAGGGGACGUGGACGCGCGCAGACGGCUCCUCGUUCACCGGGGAGUGGGUCGAGGGCGAGCGAGUCGGGGAGGGCCGGUACAUGCGGGCCGAUGGCACGGUCUACGCGGGGGAGUGGUGGGUCUCGGACAAGGGCGAGCGAGUCGGACGCGGCCGGAUCACGUACAAUGACGGCUCCUCAUACAACGGGCAGUGGCGCGACGACAAGGACGGCCACCCCGAGCAUCUUCCCGCUACCGCGGCCCAAAGGGGAGGCAAGCGCGGCAGGGCGGCGGCCGGAGGCGAGGGGUCUGCGGGCGGGCAGAAGCCGAGGCGGCAGACGAGCAGCAGCAGGUCCCGAGCGACCUCCGCGGCAGCGUGA